CUUUGGUAAAUCUCAGCGUCUGUCAACCGCCGACUACAACAACUGCACCAGCAGGUCCCGCGAAGGCUCAAGAACAACCUCCGCCAACAACAACAGCAGCAAAAGGGGGGCCCGCUCCUCCUGCUGUGCUGGCAUCUACACCCGUUUCUGAAGUAUCGAACUCGAACUAUUUUGUAAAAGAUGCUUUAACAUCAUCUACAUUAAUAUGA